AUGUCCACACCUAUAACCAUUGCCAACCAUCACGAUCCUUCUUGGGCCAAUGGAUUUUUUAAUUGUUGUAGCCCAGGCGGGCUCUGUUUCCUCACUACUUGCUGUCCAUGCAUCACAUAUGGAAAAACUCAGCAUCAGGUGAAUUAUGGCAGCUUAGAAGAUUACUCAUGCUGCAACUCCUCCUGUAUUGUCUUUGCGCUCGCCGUUCAUUGCGGUCUUCAAUGUAUUCCUGCGAUGAUACAACGAAAACGUUUACGCACAAAGUACAAUCUAGAUGGUAGUUUUUUUGGAGAUUUUUGCAGGUCUUGUUUAUGCACGUGCUGCGUUUUAAUGCAAAAUGGGAAGGAAUCGGAGCAACGUGGCUCUAAAAGAGGUGUAUCUCAACCGUACCAAUCUCCAACGGGGAUGUCAUACGCCAAGACGCAUUAG